AUGAUAAAAAGAUCUAACUCUGAAACUAACAGCAACACAUCUUUUCGAGCGAAGGAAGCUUUAGAUCAGUAGUAAGCACAUGAUAUUGAAUAAAGCUUCUAUAAGCAGAAAACUAGCCCUGAAAGGAGCAAAAAAUCUAGCAAGAUAAACUCUUCAUUCGUAGAAUAUUUAAUUCGGGAUAUAGAUAAUAAAGAAGGUAUAAAUAAAAUACUUAGUCAAGAUGGAUCUGUAGGCAAUAAAGAAAAAAGAAUUAUUUAAAAGGAAUAAUUGCCAAGUAGAAAGAGAGAAAUAAGAGCAGAGAGCGCUAAUUCGUACAAUUAAAAUAAUAAGGAGAUAGAUAGAAAUGGCAACAAUAAUUAAUGGAAUAUAAAUGGAAUGAGUAAUUUGAACAGUAACCAAAAUUAAACUCAUUAAUCAAUAGAAAAGAAGCAGGAAUAAAAUGCUUAUAUGAAUGGCAAGUGCGUAUACAAAAUAUUUCCAAACAUACAAUUAAAACUACCAAUGAUAUCUCAAAACAAUAAUAAUAAUAGUCAUACUUAUCAAAAUAUUUAGAAUUAAAAUAAUUCUGUUAAUAUCAACUCUGCAAUAAGACCUUAUUAAUUGGGGUAUUCUAUUGACCAUAAUUAUUAUCCAUAACAUGUAGUAGGACAUAGGCAAGGUAUAAAAACUUAGUAGUCUCCUAGAGGCUAGAUUUCUCCAUAUUAAAAUAAUAAUAGUCAAUGCUAAAAUACAAAUAAUCAUAGCUAUAUUACCAAGAAGUAUAUAGACAAGUCAUUUGAGGAAAUAGUUGGAAGAGUCAAUACAGAAAUGAGCUAGGCAGGAAAAGUAAAGUCAAAAUCUAUUACCGAAUCAAAUAAUGAUCCUCAUUAUUCCGCUUCUAAAUCGAUUAAUGGACUUAUUAAUUAAACUGAAAUAUCAGAUUUAUAGCCACAAAAUGCCUUUUUUUAGUAGAAUUUUUCUAAUCAUAAAUCUGUAAAUUCUUAAAAUUAUAAAAGGAAAAUUCUUCUCAAAUUAAAAUCUAGCCAAUAGACUAAAAAUAAUUACUAGAAUACACAAAGCUCAAAUUACACUGAAUAAUCAUCAUCAGGGAUUGCAAGUAGCUACUUAAAUAAUUAAAACGAUUAACAAAAAUAGAGGUUACAGCAGGAUAGAUUGAUAAAUUAUAUAAGCUGUAAAUUCAAUCAAAUAGAUAAAAAUUUGAAUAACAAACUCUCAAAAGAUGAAAUAAUUUAAUUUUUUGAGUGCCACAGUGGCUCUCCUAUUCAAAGUUAUAAAGAUUUUGAAAUUUUUAUUAAAAAUAACUUCUCUAUGUUCUUAUUAGAGCUAGUGUAGAAAGAAACAGAAAAGGCUGGAUUUCUUAAUUUUAGAGAGUUUAAGCAAUUGUUGUAAGAUUUUUUUAUGAAAAAUAUUCAAGCUUUAGAGAAUAAAGCUGUUUUGGCUAUAAAACCUGUUUAAAAUAGUGUAAAUUUGAAAAAUAAUCCAGAUCAAUCUAUUUCAUUAUUUUAGAAGAAAAGAGAAACCUCGUCAGAAUUAAAAAAUAAUAAUUAGCCACAAUUUAAGCUUUCUGAUAAAAGAAUUUAUUCAGCUUAAAAAGCAAGAGAUUAAGAGAAUGAAGAGUUACUGGCUAUUCGCUAAAGAGAUAAUUCAUUUGAUAACGCUGUUUAAAGAUAAGUUAAUUCAUAAAAUUAAUCUCAAUUAUAAAAAUAAUAAAAAAUUUAAUAAUAAAAUGUUUAAAAUAAAGAAAAGAAAUUGUUAAAAUAUGAUUUAUUUUAGUAGUAAAAAAAGUAUAAUUUCGAAAAUUAAAUUAAUUCUAACAAACAGCUAAAUUAAAGUUAUAAUUAUCCGAAUUAGCAGCAUCAAAAUAAUUCUACGAACGUUUAAAUAGACUAAAUAAGCUCUGGUGCUAAAAAUUAGAUAUAGAAAAAUUAAGCAUCAAAUUAAAAGUACUACUUAGGUUCUUAUAAUGCAAGUCGAAUUCCAUCAUAAAACUAAAUUAAUAAUAGCAGCUUUUCAAAUAGCUGCUCUGAAAAUGAUUUCCAAUCUCCUAAGAAAUUAAAUAAGCUAUAUCAAAGUCAAAAUAAACAAAAGAUGUUGUAAGACUAAUAAUAAAGUAAUUAAAAAAGUUAAGUAAAGUAAACUGAAACCAAUAAAAACACAAAUAGCGAAAUAGAUAUUGAUAAAAAUAGCUUAAACAACCAGAGCAAUAUCAUAUUCAGAACAGAAUAAAAAGUCAGAUCUAAAUCAACUAUUAGAAAUCAAUCUUCUUAAAGUGCAAGGAAAGUGUUGUAAAAUGAAAAAAUCUAGACUUCUGAAAACUCUUAAAAUAGUCUCAGCUACAAUAAAUAAUUUAGGAGCAACAGCUAAUAAUCUAACUACUCUUUUGAUUCUCCUAUAAACAACUAAUUGCCAUAGUUUCAUCUUAAGCUACAAAAAUCUAAAUUUUCAAAUGAAUCUCCUACAUAAAAACCUUAAAAUAAUAGGUAUCAAUAGACAAAUGAAAACAAUGAAGAAUCAGAGUAGUAUGUAAAAUUUAUUGAAUUACAUUAAAUUCCUAUAAAUGCUGAUUCUAAAUUGAACUCUCAAUAAUAGUCAAAUACAUAACCUACCGAGUAAUAAAAAAUAGUUAAAUAGGAAAUUAUUGUUCAAAAGGCAAGAUCAAAUUCGAGAAAUAUUUAAAACCCAAAAAAUUCACCUCCGAAUGAUAACAACCGCUUGAGAAGCUUAUCAAAAGAAAGUCAAUCAAGUAAAUAAUCGACUUAGACUAUUAAAGCAAAGCUUGCUUAAAACGAUGUUAUUUAUAACUAGGAGAAUAAAUAACUAAGUUAAUAAAAAAAACCUAAUCAGCAAUAAACUACUGAAUUUAUAGUGGAUAUAAAAUAAAUUAGUAACUCAGUCUCAGUAGCUGAUUAAAAUCAGUUAGCAAAAGAAUAAAAAUAGUAGCCUAAUAUAAAUUAAGAGAACACUAAAUCGUCAAGUUUUACAGAGAAAUCUAUUAAUUAUGUAAGCGAAGUAUCAAAUCCGAAAUAUUAUUUUUCAUCAACUUAACAAAUGUCAGAUGACCACUCUGAUUUUAAGCUUGCAUUUGAAGAUUAAAAGUUAAAUAAAAUAAUCGAUUUAUAGAAAUAGCCUUUCGCUCCUAGUCAAAAAAAUGCAAUAGUUGGCAUGUCAGGUUCUCUUUUAUUAAGAUAGUAUAAUAAGUGCUUAAAAGUUAAUUCACCACAAAAAAAGACAACACUUACUCUACAUCAAAGUAAUCCAAUCAUAGAGCAAAAUGAACCUUCUUUAACUGAGCCUAAUGAGCAAACUCUCACUGAAAGAUAGCUAAACUUAGAAGCUACAAAGAUUUUAUCACCUAAUCCCGUGAAGCGUAAAGAAUUUGAAUGCACAUUCCGCCCUUAGUCUUUGGAUAAUGAGUUCAAAGAAACUGAGUAACUUAAUAUUUUGCAGACUGAUUCUUAACCAACAAAUUUUAACAAAUUUCAACAUAAAUCUAACAAUCACUUAAAAGUUUAGACUUUUUGUGCAUCUCCUUCAAAUAGUAUAAUGGAAACUCCAUAAUAUCACCAACUUAAAAUAUUAGACAUAAAUAAAACGACCGAAAACUAGCAACCUGAAAAUAAAAACACUGCUUUAUCUCUUCCUAUUAAAGUUGAUAGCUAUGAAAUUAAAGAAGACAAUAAUUACUCAUUUGCUCAAAAUUUGCCUUAAAAAAAUGAAAAAAGUGGAGAAGAUUCAUCAAAAAAAUUAGGAACAUAAUAAAUCCUCAGAGAAGCUUAAGAUUAAAAUGAUUAAAACAUUGAAAAAGCAUCUUCAGUUAUCUUAAAUAUAAAAGAAGAUAUAAUCAAUCUGUCAAAUAACUUCAAAGCAGAAUCCAUAAACAAAAAUAGGGCGCAAACAGAAGUGAAAUCUGGUUCAAAAAACAAAGAAUAAAAAUCUAAAAAGCCAGAAAAUAAAUUUGAAGAGACUAAGAUUCAAAGCAUGAACUAAAUUCAAUACUAAGAAGACGAUACAAGAAAAUCAUCUGCAACAAAAAAAUAGAUAAAAUCUACAUUUAGCUAACAGUUUAAUAGUACAUUUAGCGAUAAAACUCAAGUACUCAAUAAUCAUCUUGACUAAAACUGCUAAAAUUUUUUACAUAAAAAAGAAGUGAAAGUUCUGAAGAAGCCAAGCAUGAAAAAAUCCUCUGAGAUAGCAAUUAGAUAGACAUAAAACGAAGACAACGACGAAUUGCAGCAAGCUCAAACAGAAAAUCAAAUAAAAAAUGAGGAAACAGCAAAAUUUGAAGAACAUCAAAAAAUUCUAAAUGAUAUUACAUUUGAAAAUAAUUCUCAAAUGAUCAAUGCUGAGAAUAAUAGAAAAAGUUCAAUUUAGUAAGGAGAUUUAAAACUAUUUUACCCAUAAAAUUCUCUCAGUAACUCAUAAAAUUUAUGA